AUGACCUUCUCCAUCUGCCGCACCGGAAAAGGAGUUCCUCUGCAGGAUUUUGAUCCACGGCAUACUUUAUUGACUAGAACUUUUGAUACCCUUAUUUACGUUCUUUAUGCCUUUGGCAAUGUUGAUCCCACUAUUAGAGAGGUACAACUUCCCGACCCAUAUGCAGAUAUUCAGAAACACUACCCUGGCGACUCCUGGGAUGAGCCUAGGAACAAUAUAUGGUCCAGAAUCUUAGAUUCAAUGACAUUGACAUUGACUAGGAGGCCGUUAAGCUUACUUAAGAUGUAUUUACACAGUAUCCCAGCAGUGGUACAGAGGCCAAUAACAUGGUGCUGUUUCUACGGGAAGCUCUGGACAGGUACUUUGCGCAGUCCCUCCAAUUAUCAGUCCCUACAUCUUGCAGAGAUGGACCAGUAUAUUGAUUUCUGGAACUUAAUGGCCUAUGAUUACAGCACCCCAUUUAACACCGACCAGGCCAUCGCCUUCUAUAUUUCUAAUGGUGUCGAUCCUAGCAAAAUCAACUUGGGCAUACCUCUCUAUGAUAGGUCAUUUCUUAACACGGAGGGACCAGGUACCUCAUAUAACAGUGUUGGCCCUGGCAAAUAA